UCUCUCUCUCUCUCUCUGCUCUUAUGCCUCAUUCAUCCAAAUCCACCUCAAUAUCCGUGAUGACUCACAAAACAUUCUUUCCUUUCCUUUUAUUUUCCUUUAGGUUGUGAUGAUAACACCCAGUAAACCAAAGAAAAAACCUGCCGCACCUCGUAAGAAGAAAACGACCGGAGCAGCGGGUAAAUGCACGGCCAAGAAGACGCAAGUUAAGAAGACGAAGGCGCCGGCAAAGAAGAAGAAGAGCGACACGUGGGACAGCGACGCCUCAGACGCGAGCGAGAGCUCUGCGUACGAUGUAGACGAUAGUGGGGAUGAAGCUAUGCCAUCUGCCAGCGCAGAAGACGACAAGGGCACGCCCAAGCAGAGUAUCGAGCAGAUUUACCAAAAGAAGACCCAACUGGAGCACAUUUUACUGCGUCCUGACACGUACGUGGGCUCUAUCGAGCACGUAGAACAGAGCAUGUGGGUGUUUGACGACGAGAAGAAGAGGAUGGUCAUGAAGAAGAUCAACUACGUGCCUGGACUGUACAAGAUCUUUGACGAGAUCAUCGUCAACGCGUGCGACAACAAGCAGCGCGACAAGUCCAUGAACACGCUGAAGGUGACUAUCGACGUGGAGAACAACGAGAUCUCCGUGUGGAACAAUGGCAAAGGAAUCCCCAUUGUUCUCCAUAAAGAACACAAGGUCUAUGUGCCCGAGCUGAUCUUCGGUCACUUACUGACGGGCAGUAACUUUGACGACAAGAAGAAGAAAACCACGGGUGGGCGCAACGGAUAUGGCGCCAAGCUCGCGAAUAUUUUCUCCAACGAGUUUGUCGUCGAGACUGCAGACUCAAGCACGAAACAGCGAUACAAGCAGGUGUUCGAGAACAAUAUGGGCAAGAAGAACCCGCCCUCGAUCACGAAGUGGGCGCAGAAGGACUUCACGUGCAUCUCGUUCAAGCCGGAUCUGGAGCGCUUCAAGCUGGACUUCCUCAACGACGACAUCGUCUCGCUGUUCAAGAAACGUGUGUAUGACGUUGCUGGUGUUUCCGGUAAAGGAUUGAAUGUGUUCUUGAAUGGAGAGAAGAUCCCUAUCAAGUCGUUCCCGCAGUACGUCGCGUUAUACCCAGGUCCUCGUGGAUAUGAAGCUGAGAAGGAGGAUGAGGACCCGGAAGAGAACGGUGACGACGACGAAGACUAUACGGAGGAAAAGUCCAAGAAGGCAAAGGCUGCCAAGGCCAAGCCGUCGAACGUCACCAAGAAUGGCGUGAUCUUUGAAAAACCCGACGAGCGCUGGCAGGUUGGCGUUGGCAUGAGUGAAGAUGGCUUCCAACAAGUGAGCUUCGUCAAUGGCAUUUGCACCACAAAAGGAGGACAGCAUGUUUCCUACAUCGUGGACCAGAUCACUUCCAAACUCGUUAGCGUAUUGAAGAAGAAGAACAAGGGCGAGGCCGUCAAGCCCAACUACAUUAAGAACCACAUGUUCGUCUACGUGAGCGCGCUGAUCGAUAACCCAGCCUUCGACUCUCAGACUAAAGAAACGCUGACCACAAGAGCCAACAGCUUUGGGUCAACGUUUAACCUCAGUGACAAGUUCUUGAAGCAGCUUGAGAAGAGUGGUCUGGUGGAGAAGAUUCUGUCGUUCGCUGCGUUCAAGCAGACUGCAGAGCUGCGACGCAAGGGUGGCAGUAGUGGCAAGCGCUCACGUCUCACUGGUAUCCCCAAACUGGACGAUGCCAACCACGCUGGUACCGCGAAGAGCAAGGACUGCACUCUGAUCCUUACGGAGGGAGAUUCCGCCAAGACGGUUGCCGUGGGCGGUCUCGCUGUUGUUGGCAGAGAUUACUAUGGUGUCUUCCCGUUGAGAGGUAAGAUGCUCAACGUUCGUGAAGCCAGCCACUCACAGAUCCUGAAGAACGACGAGAUCCAGAAUGUGGUCAAGAUUCUUGGUCUCAAGUACGGCCAGAAGUACGAGUCUACCAAGGGCUUGCGUUAUGGCCACUUGAUGAUCAUGGCAGAUCAGGAUCACGAUGGUAGUCACAUCAAGGGUCUGGUGAUCAACCUCAUUCACCACUUCUGGCCGUCACUGCUGCAUGUGGACGGCUUUCUGCAGGAGUUUAUUACUCCGAUUGUGAAGUGCACUAAGGGCCGGACAAAGGAGGUGUUUUACACGAUGCCAGAGUACGAGGCUUGGCGGGAGAGAACCAACCAGGGACGUGGCUGGGUCAUCAAGUACUAUAAGGGUCUGGGUACGAGUACGGCCGCAGAAACCAAGGAGUACUUCUCUGACUUGCAGACGCACCAGAUUGGCUUCACGUACGACGGAGAUGGAGAUGCUGACGUCAUCGACAUGGCAUUCUCCAAGAAGCGUGUAGAGGACCGAAAGGAAUGGCUGCGAGGCUAUGAGCCUGGCACUUAUGUGGACUAUGAUGUCGAUGAGAUGGGCUACACCGAGUUCGUGAACAAGGAGCUCAUCCUUUUCUCCAUGGCAGAUAACAUCCGUUCCAUUCCUAGCGCCAUGGAUGGAUUCAAGCCGUCUCAGCGUAAAGUGCUGUUCUGCUGCUUCAAGCGUAAUCUUCGGUCGGAGCUCAAGGUGGCACAGUUGGCUGGCUACGUGUCUGAGCACUCUGCCUACCAUCACGGUGAGCAAAGUCUACAGGGCUGUAUCGUGAAUAUGGCGCAGGACUUCGUUGGCAGCAACAACAUCCACCUACUGUCCCCGAUUGGUCAGUUCGGUACGCGUCUGAUGGGUGGUAAAGACUCGGCCAGUGCUCGUUAUAUUUUCACCAACCUAGAGCAGCUUACUCGCCGUAUCUACGAUCCUUUGGACAACGAUUGUCUGAAGUAUCUGAAUGAAGACGGCCAGUCCAUCGAGCCGGAAUGGUACAUCCCAAUUAUCCCCAUGGUGCUCGUGAACGGCAGUGACGGUAUCGGAACGGGUUGGUCCAGCUCAGUUCCCAACUACAACCCACUGGAUAUCAUCAAGAGUCUGCGUCAGAUGAUCAACGGAGAGGAAGUUUCUCCUCUUACCCCAUGGUAUCGUGGAUUCACAGGUCAUAUUGUCGAGAAGACCAACUCGCGCGGAACUGAUACCGGCAACUACAUUGUCCAGGGUCUGUACGACGUUACGGACGACAGUACGCUCGUGAUCUCGGAACUACCCGUGAAGACGUGGACUCAGACGUACAAGCAGUACUUGGAGGGACUGCUGGACGCUGGUACAAUCAAGGACUUCAAGGAAAACCACACCGAUGUCAAGGUGCUGUUCACGAUCACAAUGGAGCCCAAGGCGCUGAGUGACAUUACGAAGGCUCCGGGCGGAAUUGUGAAGAAAUUCAAGCUCGAAUCGUCUCUGUCUACCUCCAACAUGCAUCUGUUUGACGCUGCGGGACACAUCAAGAAGUAUGACAACCCCAAGGAUAUAAUGGAGGAGUUUUACGGCAUUCGUUUGGAGUACUACGAGCGCAGGAAGAAGUCUAUGCUGCAGAAGCUGCAGGACCAGAUCAAGCUCCUGUCCAACAAGGCCCGCUUCGUUCUCGCUGUCGUUGAAGGCAAGCUGAUUGUGAACAACCGCAAGAAGCAGGAGCUGCUGGAAGAAUUGAUUGCGGAAGGUUAUGAUCAGAUUGUACCGAAGACGAAGAAGAAGACUGACAGUGAGGAUUCGAACGAGUCUGAAGACGAGGAACCUAGUGUGGCAGACGCUAGCCGAGGUUACGACUAUCUGCUGUUGAUGAAGAUCUGGAGCUUGACGAAGGAACGCGUUGACAAGCUGCGUGCAGAGCUCCAGGAACGCGAGCAAGAGUACACUGUUCUAGAAGGAAGAACCGUGCAAGAUCUGUGGCUCACUGACUUGGAUGCCCUCGAGAAAAUGAUCGUCGAGACCGAGACAGAGCGCGAGAGGAUCUUGUCACACACUCCUAAGAAGAAAGCAGGUAAGGGCAAAAGGCCCGCCAAGAAGAGAAAGCGAAAGAACGACAGCGACGAUGACGAUGGUGACGACUCCGACUUCGAAGUUUCAGGCACGAAGGCGGCGCGUAAAAAGCCGAAGACUCAAGUCAAGCGGCCUGUCAAGAAGGAACCUGCUACCAGCAAGACGAACGGCAAUAAGGCGGGCCCCAUCACGUCAUUCUUCAAGCCCAAGGAGCCACCUGCUGCCAAGGAGGAAAGCGAAGAGGAAGUAGAGGAGCUGUCGUUGGCAGAGCGACUUGCUCGAAGGUUCAAGGUUUCUCCCCAGAAGGUGGCUGCUGCCUCUACCUCUACCUCUGCUCCAAAGGCAAAGCGUACGAUCAAGCCAGCUGCAACAAUUGAUCUGGCGAGCUCUGACGACGAGAAGUCUGAUGUCAAGGACGAUGAAGAUGACGUGUUUGCCAUGGGGUCAGAUGAUGCCGGAAACAAAGCAGCGAAGCCGAAGGCCCCUGCACGAAAGACAGUUCCGAAGAAGGCAGCGCCUAAGAAACCCGCACCGGCGAAGAAGGCCACGCCCGCUAAGAAACCCAAGAAAUCGGCUCUGGAGGAAGACAGCGAAGACGAAGCCAGUGACGACGGCGCUGACCCCUCUCCAGUAGCACCUCGUCCACAGCGUGAACGCCGCACGCAAAAGCGCAUCGUCUACGAAGAAAUCUCAAGCGAUGAAGACAACGAGGACAAGAAUGACGAGGAAGAGAGUUUCGCCUUGGAGGACGACGCUGAUGACAGUGAUUUCGAGUAAUUUGUGAUAGUAUCCCGUGCCUGCAGCAUUACAGGACUAAAAAGAAAACAACAAACUGACCAGAGCGUGGUCGUGGACACGGUCGACAGCUAGGGAGACGACGUGCCAACUCGUAAUUCAUUAAUUCAUGGUAUUCUAUUGCAGGCAGGUCCAGUUACGGCAGCUCUUCAAUCUGCGUCCAGACUCUUCGAAGUUUCGUUGCAAACCUGUCGAGUUUCUGGUGCCACAGCGUAAAUGGACUGGGAUCUAAGUGCACGGCAAGAGCGACGAUGGCAGCAGCGAACUCGUCGAACUCGAGCUGCAACGUGUCGUCGUUGUCGAGAGCCAUAACAGAGGAGAAGACGUGCUGCGCAUCUGCCAGAGCCACUUUGUUACCGCACGAAGCUUCAGAGGCAUCGAGCAGAUCGAAGGCAGUCAAGAAGGUCUGGAACUCGCCGAAGCUCAUGGAACUUCUCUUGGUCUUUUCCAGUUGGAAGUCGGCGCCUGGAUCGGUCUGCAAGAGAGAAGCGUUGACUUCAACCGCGACACUUUCAGACUCUUUAGCUUGAGCGUUUUCGUUGACUUUCCCCCCGUUUUCUUGUAGUUGACGAAUGAGCGCCUGCUCUUCCAGUGCUGCACGUUCGUCCUCGGCAACUUCGUCUUGUUUUGCGUAAAAGAAGAAUAUUGUGCGUAGGAACGAGCGGUGUUCGAGGAGUGCGCGACCUACAAGAGGACAGCUCAGCUUGGCAGCGAAGUUGCGUUCUACUAGAGCAUUGACGCUCGCAAAGGCGCGUGGAGCGAGGACCUUGCGACAAAAUUGAGCCAUGAUACGUCCUGGACUGUCCGCCAGCUCUGCUUCUAGUAAAACCUCUUUGUUAUCGUCUGGAGGCUUCAUUAUUGUUGUAGUUUUCAUUCGCUUGCGAGCUAGUGCAGCACGGUGCCUUUCAAUCGCAAUCAACACGAACAGCUCCGAGAACUGCGUCUUCCCCACGCCAAUUUCUUGAUCUAGUGAUAUUUCCGUCGUGCUGACAGAAGCUUUCACCACGCUCUUAAAGAGAGCUUGUAGCCUUAUCAAG